GACAAAGGGAGUUUGACUGUGUGUAGCCGCCUGGGUGUCCACAAAUAUGGAUGUGGGAGGACCCUGUGCUCAGAUCUUUGAACAACCCAAACAACGAGGCAUGCGCUUUAGGUAUAAGUGCGAGGGUCGCUCAGCUGGGAGUAUACCCGGAGAAAAAAGCUCAGACAAUAACAGGACAUACCCAAGCAUUCAGAUUCUGAACACAUGUGGAAGAGGAAAAGUGCGUGUGUCCUUGGUAACUAAAAACGAACCAUACAGACCACAUCCGCAUGACCUGGUGGGAAAAGACUGCAAGGAGGGAUACUAUGAGGCAGAAUUUGGAUCUGAACGUAAAGUUAUUGCAUUCCAGAACCUGGGGAUCCAAUGUGUGAGGAGAAGAGAGGUCAAGGAUGCCAUCAUGCAGAGAAUAAAUCGAGGCAUCAACCCCUUUAAUGUCUCCAGAGAGCAGCUCCUGCAGAUGGAGGAGUACGACCUGAACGUGGUGCGUCUAUGCUUUCAGGUGUUUUUGCAAGAUGAGGCCGGACGCUUCAGCAUUCCACUGGUCCCUAUCAUCUCCAAUCCUAUCUACGACAACCGGGCCCCAAACACAGCUGAACUGCGCAUCUGCCGUGUCAACAAGAACAGUGGCAGUGUUAAAGGUGGUGAUGAGAUCUUCCUGCUCUGUGACAAAGUACAGAAAGAUGAUAUCGAGGUGCGCUUCUUCACCCAGACCUGGGAGGCCAGAGGCUCCUUCUCCCAAGCAGACGUGCACAGACAGGUGGCCAUUGUUUUUCGUACGCCUGCCUACUAUGACACAUCCAUCAUAUCUCCCGUCACUGUGCAUAUGCAGCUACGACGCCCCACAGACCAGGAAGUGAGUGAGCCAAUGGAGUUCAGAUACCUGCCCGAUGACAAAGAUCCUUAUGGGUGUCGAGAGAAGAAGAGGAAAAUAGAGAAUCUUAUGAAGUUCAUUCCUAACUUUACCUCUGGACCUUUGAACUCCAUGAACAGACCAAAAGCAGUGCCUCAGACUGCUAUGAUGUCUGCAAGGAUAAAGACUGAGCCAACAAACUUUUAUGCAAAACACCCUAGCACUGGCAUGAUACGGCCAAAUCAACAAAACAUCUACAGCAGUAAAUAUCAGGCCUCCCCCAUGAUGACUCCUACUUCAGGAUCUCAAGCUCCAGCAUCAUUCGGUCAGGUCAGUUGGCCCAGUUCUUCACUUCACUUCAACCAAGCCAGUAGUAACCCUGCACCCAGUAAUGGAGUCAGCAUGCCACAGGUUAACACAGUUAACCAAGCUCCCCCUCUAACAAGCACUGGAGAAAGAGAAAGCAGCCUUCCUAUACUGAGUUCAAUGGAUCUGGAGAUUCUUGAUGCUCAAGGUUCCUCAGUCAGCCAGCCUCGACAGGACCAGCAGGAGCAGAAUGUCCAGCAUUCCCAGCAGCAACUCCACAGGAAGAAAUCCAUGCCUGCAGAAGAAAGUGGCUGGUAUAACUAUGAGCUUCCACACACAUCAGGGACACAUAACGGGGCCUCAAACACAACUGGGUUAAUGGGAAUAAAUUACCAAUUUACAGAAAACCAGGAUAGUGAUGAUAUUCUUCAGAGUCUGGUGGGCCCUCUGACAGCUCAUUUAAAACAAGAGUCUCAAGGGCACAUUGGCAUGACCAUGCUGGAUCCCACCAGCUCCACCUCUGACUGCACGCAGUCCUAUACAAUGCUAAACUACCCAGCAACCAACAACGGUAGUCAAGAUGCACAGAGACAGGCAGAUAGAAGCACUGGUGCCAACAUGAUAGAACAGAGAAAUUCACAGAAUCCAUUGUACCAUGUGGCUGGCAUGGCUGAUCCCAUAAACUGGUACUUUCCAUUUGGUGGUGAAUAAUAGAAAAAUGUAUACAUUUAACACUGCACUUAAUUAUAUGGAAUAUGAUGUGUUAAGAUCUGGUAUUUAUAACCAUAAUUUUUGCUGUAUGAAUAGGCUAU